GUCCUACUGCCAGAGGUUGACCCAUUCCUGGCUAACAGAACUAACAUCUUACGUAAUUGAGACCCAGUGCCAAAGCUCUUAGUCCAGAUGGUAUUCGCGAUGCCUUCUGCCUGGAUUUAUAGCUGGACAGCACCUCAGUGAUCAGAAGCUCAGGAGAGCAGGGACACUGGGACUUGUAGAUGUCAUGAUGGUGGACCCAAUUCCAGCUGGCUCUGAACUGGCAAACGGCACGUCUGGCACUCCCUGUUUACCUGGGUUUGGAUGUAACGCAUCUGCUGUCCUCGGACCACAGAGCCCCCCUUUGUUAGUAGAUGCCUGGCUCGUGCCUCUUUUCUUUGCUCUCAUCAUGCUGCUUGGACUGCUAGGAAACUCGCUCGUCAUCUAUGUGGUUACCAAGCACCAGCAGAUGAAGACAGUCACCAAUUUCUACAUAGCCAACCUGGCAACAACGGACAUCAUAUUCCUGGUGUGCUGUGUGCCAUUCACUGCCACACUCUACCCAUUGCCCAGCUGGGUUUUUGGCGAUUUCAUGUGCAGGCUGGUGAACUACAUUCAACAGGUGACAGUGCAGGCGACCUGUAUAACUCUGUCUGCCAUGAGUGUGGACCGCUGCUACGUGACAGUGUACCCCCUACUGUCCCUCCGUCAUCGGACCCCACGCAUGGCGAUGGCUGUCAGCCUGGGCAUCUGGAUGGGGUCAUUUGUCCUUUCUGUGCCAGUAGCAAUGUACCAGAAACUUGAUGUUGGAUACUGGUUUGGCCCCCAGACAUACUGCACCGAGUCCUUUCCAUCUGUGCUGCAUCAGCAAGCAUUCAUCCUCUACACCUUCCUGGCCGUGUACCUCCUGCCCCUCCUGACUAUCUGCUUCUGCUAUGCCUUCAUGCUGAAGCGUAUGGGCCAGCCAGUGGUGGAGCCCACUGAUAACAACUAUCAGAUGAGAGUACUAAUCCUGUUCUCCCUCCAGCUGGCAGAGAGGUCAGAGGCAGUGCGUGCCAAGAUCUCCAAGAUGGUGGUAGUGAUCGUGGUGCUCUUCACUGUCUGCUGGGGUCCUAUUCAGUUCUUUAUCCUGUACCAAGCCUUCUACCCAAACUUCCGCAAAAACUACGCACUCUACAAGAUCAAGAUCUGGGCUCACUGCAUGUCCUAUGCUAACUCCUCGGUUAAUCCCAUCGUCUAUGCCUUCAUGGGGGCCAACUUCAGAAAGUCCUUUAAAAAUGCCUUCCCUUUCAUCUUCAAACAGAGGGUGGGCAGCAUCAGGGAAGCCAUGGCUAACACCGAGAUGCAGUUCCUUUCAUCUGGAACAUAGAGCCAGCAAAAGACCAACUGCCCUUUUAUAGAAGCAGAAAAUUAAUAUUUAACCGCAUAAAUGUUGAGCUCUAUUGAUAGUUCUUGUGUUUCAGCAAACCUCUGACAAUUAUGAAAUUAAAAUGUUUGCUUUUAAAUUAAAUGCACAAUAAUUCUGGGACAAAGUCAACAAUGAUGUUAACAAUGAAUUGUAAUCUCUAACGGUUUGUAUAUUUGGCAACCAAUCUGUCAUUUAAAUGAAUGUGAAUAUUCCUAUUAUGAUCAUAGUUACCAAACAAAUGUACUAAAAAAAUGGUCUAACUCAGUUAAGCAUUCCAAACAAAUAACUUAUUUAUUUAAAAAUAUCAUACUGAUUAAAGAACCAUUUUUAAGCACAAAAGUAUCUUCGUUGUCAUUUAAUAGUGUAUGGAGCCUGACAAAUGACACAUGUAGCACAGCUUGCUUGUUCUGAGCUAAAAACAUUACAGAAGAACCUAUGUGUUGGUUGACUUAAUGCAAUGUAAUGUGUGUUUGGGUUCUCAGU